AUGACGCAAGACAAAAUACAGAGCAGAGUGGAAUUGACUCUUUACCGAAUGGGUUUCCUCGAUUCCAGUACAGAUGAUAAAGACAUUCCACCUGGCUCAAAAUUGGAGCUCCCAUUUUGGUUAGCAUAUGCUUUGUGUAGCCAAAAGCGACGGAUUGUGAGUGUGGAAUUACCCAAAGCUUAUCGUGAGAGUUAUAGAGAAGUAAUGAAAGCUGAUGCAAAUGUUGUGAACCUCUACAAACUGGGACCUUAUUACUACAACUUUGGCAUGAAAUUGCAAUGUUUUUCCUUUCCAGAAAUUGAUGAUGUGUCCAAGUGCUUACUUUCAACAUUCCAAACAAGAUUUCGGAAAAUCAUGGAUGCAUCACAGAAUAUCAUGAAUGAAGACACUUCAAAAUUGACAUCAAAUUUGGAUGAAAUGGAAAAAGCCUUAUUUAAGGUGGGACAAAAAUCGCUGACAGAUUUUCAAUUGUGGGAGACACGACAAGUGGAAAAACUGAAAACUUCAGAUAUGGUCAGAGCGCAUCGUAAAAGAAAACGGGAAGAUGAAUAA